CGGAGUCGCCGUACUUGCUUAUAUCCUGUGCGCAUGCGUGUGGUGGUAGUUGCGUUGAUAUUUUAGCAGAAACGUUUAAAAGAUUUUAAAAUGUCAGAGAAAGGAGAGGUUGAUUUAACUGGUGCCAAACAGAACACGGGCGUGUGGCUUGUUAAGGUGCCCAAAUACGUCUCUCAGCAAUGGGCAAAAGCCGGUGGCAGAGGAGAAGUUGGAAAACUUCGAAUUUGCAAGAAAGGAAACCAGGGAAAACCAGAGGUGUCUUUCACUUUGAAUGAAGAGCUGACUGUGAUUGAAGGUAUUGAAGAUAAGACAAUAUGUGCACCCCGCGAUCACCCAUUCACCAUGCAGUCGGUGGGAGGACAGAUGUUGGCGGUCUUCACGGAGACGUCGUCAGGCCAGUCAGAAGAGAGAUCUGAUGGCAGCUGCUCAGGUUCGGGGGCAGGUCCAGAUAAAAUAGCCUUGGAGGGAGUGGUGGUGCAGAGAGCAGAGUGCAGGCCUGCGGUUAGUGAGAGCUACAUGAGGCUGAAGAGGCUACAGAUUGAAGAGUCCUCCAAGCCAGCCAGGUUGUCACAACAGCUGGACAAAGCUGUCACAACCAACUUCAAACCUAGGACCGACCAUGAAAAUAACCGCGAGUAUGAAAGGAAAAAGAAGGAGGAGGGCAAGAGAGCGAGAGCCGACAAACAGCAGGUGCUGGACAUGCUGUUUUCGGCUUUCGAGAAGCACCAGUACUACAACAUCAAAGACCUGGUGGACAUCACCAAGCAGCCUGUGAUUUACUUGAAGGAGAUCUUGCGUGACAUCGGCAUCUACAACGUAAAGGGAACGCACAAAAACACGUGGGAGCUCAGGCCAGAGUACAGACAUUACCAGGGCGAGGAAAAGACUGACGAAUAGUUUUUGACCCUCCCAAGGGACCAUGACCACCUUCUCAUUAGAGGAGGUCCCUACCAGACCAGGACUUGGUUGGACCUUGGGGUUCUCUCCUGAUAUCCUCCAUCAGAGUUGCACUGGAAGAAGUCAAGCACACGUGGAGUUUCACUGGGAGAGGAUGUUUGUGUAGUUGAUCUUAUAUUGUCGGAGCGACAUGAAACACACUGAGCUUUGACACUUUAGAAAAUGCCUUCUUUUUCCUGAUCCUUCUUUUUCCUUUCUUCAGAGCUCCUGCUCACCCUGAUGGUGUGGCAAGUGUAUGGAUGAAUUGUGUUCACAAUAGUAUUUUUUAAUGUUCUGUUACUAGUAUUAUCAGUAGAGGUUUGAUGUUCAGAAGGAACAACCUAUGUAAGGACUCUGACACGAGUAAUGACUCCUUUAUCCAAAUGUAUUUUUUCCUGUUCAUUUUUUUCCCUCUUUUUUAAAUUGAAUUUGGAAAUUUUCAAGGACCAUGAUAACUUUGGCCUUAGGACAGUACAACCUUUGUUUUGUAUGAUCAAAUGCAUGUGGAAUAUUGGAUUUUACAUUGACUUAUGCAAUAAAUGUGUUUCAAUAACCA